UGAGGAUUUUAAUAAAACUAAUUGGCUACUUCCACUACAGAUACCCUUCGUGGUAUAUGUUUUGAUCGGAUAUUAUGCUGCCUCCAAGUGCUUUCUCCCCUGCUGGAUAUCUUAUUUGGGCCAUCUAGACACUAAAAAUGGAAUCAAGUCUAUAGAGUUCUAGGGGUAUAUGUCUUCCUAAACUUCCAAAUCUUCCCAAUCCGUUCCCAAACCCUUUCCUAAUCUCUUCCUGAGUCCGUUCCCAAAUACCUUCGUAAAUCCUCUUAGUUCCCAAAUCCUUUCCUGCUUCCUUCCCGAAUCCGUCCCCAAAUCCCUUCUUAAAUCUUUCCAAGUCCGUUCCCAAAUCCCUUCACAGAUCCUCCCAAGUCCGUUCCCUAACCUCUUCGUAAAUCCUACCAAGUCGGUUCCCAAAUCCCUUCCUAAAUCCUCCCAAGUCGGUACCAAAAUCCUUUCUUAAAUCCUCCCAAGUCAGUUCCCAAAUUCUUUCCUAAACCCUCCAAGGUCCAUUCCCAAAUUCCUUAAUAAAUCGUCCCAUUUCUGUUCUCAAAUCCCUUCACAAAUCCUCCCAAGUCCGUUCCCAAAUCCCUUCCUAAAUCCUCCAAGUCAGUUCCCAAAUCCUUUCCUUAAUCUUUCCAAAUCCGUUCCCAAAUCCCUUUAUAAAUUUUCCCGAAUCCCUUCCUUAAAAUUUCUACCCUAACUUAUUUGUCAUUUAUAAAAUAUAAGCAAGAUAAAAUCGAAAAAGUUGGCUGUUCUCCCUUCAAAUAUAAAUAUAUUUUAGAGUAAGCUAGCUAGAGUUUGUUUGCUCAAUCUUCAAUACAUUCUUCCUCUCUCCCCAAAUUUUUUUUUAUUUUUAAGCAUACAAAAAGCCUUUAGGUACCUCUAUUUGUUAGUUCUUUUGUGCUUCUUUUUCUUUCUCUUAUCUUAAAAAUCUUCAAAAAAUAUUUAUUUUGUUCUUAGAAAUCGAGUUGCUUUAUUUUACUUUAUAUGUUUAUUUACCAGCUUGAUUUCAAGUUAAUAUUGUGUUUUUUUCUAUUUUUUCCGCCUACUCAUUUUCGUGUUCUUUUAUAGUUAACGCGCAAGCCUUUCAAUUUUAUUUUGAUAUCAAAUAUAUUUUUAAAAAUUUGAAAAAAUAUUUUUAUAUUGAAAAAUGAUCAGUUUAUCUCGAAAAUAUUUUGUGAGUUAUUCUCUCCGUUUUCUUCAUUUAUUCAUCCGGCUCUAUUUACUCAUUUAAUCUACUGUGGGUUUUCUGGGGGGGGGGGCAUAUCAAUUUUUGAAGAUAAAUCGUCUCUCUAUCUUCCCUAAAAUGACCCUCGUUCUAACGAAUCUCUUCGACGAUAGAUGUUAAUAAGAUCGCCCUCGAUCACGCAUCUCUUGUGUCCUUUAGUGUCUUCUGCCCCUUCAAGUUCCUUCAUUUAUUAAAUCGAGUCGAUAUUAGCUGUACAUUUAAAUAUUCAAAUAAUCCAAAUCAGAAUCUAUUAACUUGCAAUUUUAUACAAUUAUUCCCAAGAGUGUUAUCUAUCAUCUUGGUCAAUUUCAGAAUUUUCGGUUGAAAUUUUCAUUUUUCACUUAUUUUUAUUUUUGCGCGCUGCCUUAAUAUUUGAAAAUUUACAAAAAUCAAAAUUAUUAGAGAAAUUAUAAAUUAAAUUAAAAUGGCUUCACGAAUGGAAAAGGGUGCUUCACAGCAAACAUCGCUUCUAGAUGUUCUUAAAAAGAAAAUGCGUCAGGCUCGAGAGGAGGCGGAGCAGGCAAAAGAUGAGGCUGAUGAGGUUAAGAGACAGUUGGAGCAGGAGAGAAAGAAGCGAGAAGAUGCGGAAGCAGAGGUAGCUGCUCUCAACCGCCGCAUCGUCCUUGUUGAGGAAGAUCUUGAACGUACCGAUGAUCGUUUAAAAGUUGCUACACAGAAGUUGGAUGAAGCGUCGAAAGCUGCUGAUGAGGCUGAGCGGCCGAAGCUGAGGUUGCCUCUCUUAACCGCCGUAUGGUUCUUCUUGAAGAGGAAUUGGACAAACUUGAGGAGCGCUGCAAAGUUGCGACUGAAAAAAUGGAGGAGGCUACCGUCAACUGCGACGAAUCUGAGCGGUAUUAUAGGGGAAAUGUAUUUUACCGGGUGA